GCCAUGGCGCUGCUGGAGACAUCUGCUCCGUGCGGCCUCAGUCUGUCAGCCGCCUGGAGUAGGCUGAGCGCCGGCCUCGUCCCCCUCUCUGCACUCGGCCUGGAAGCGUCUGGAAUGGGAAGUGGGAGUGACUUUGUUGAGGAUGAUCUGCAUGUUGCACUAGAAACUUUACGGCAGCAUGGUUUGCAAUCAGUGGCAAUGGAAUGGUUUAUGGAGGUGUUGCAGGUAGACCUGCAGAAGAACAUUGCAGCAGAGUUCUGGGACUUUCUCACACAAAGAGAGAACAUGGUGACAGAACAACAGCGCUCAAAGCUCCUAUAUGAUGCCUUCUGUAUGCUGGAUCAAAGACUAGCACCCUACUUGUGCAGUCUGAAAUAUUUAGAGACUUGGAUCGAGGCGGGUCUGAUUACCAGUGUAGGACCUGGAACACUGAGGGAUAAGGUCUACACGAUGGUUAAAGCUGUGUUGUUCUUCUCAACUGUACAACCCUUUCAGGAGAUUAUACAUGAGUUUUACACUCGUGCUUUCAGUAUCUAUGUGCACCAAGACAAGACCCUACGGAAUGGAGAUGGCAUGAGUGAAGAGGAAGAUGAGAAUGCAGUCGAUGAUAUAGAACUGCUAAACUGUGCUGGCUGUAAUGCUGUGAAAGAGCAAUGCUGGUGUACCACUGCUGUGGAGCAGUUUGCAAAAGUCAAUCAUGUAUUGCACUCGCUGAACCUUUUAGAACGAAUCAGUGCAAGCGCCAUCACAACCAUCCUGCAUAAAAUGAUAGAAGAGCACGUGGGCAGAUUGUGCCGUGGAGAAUAUGAGAACUCCUUUCUCUCCCAGCUAGAGGAGUGGCUGGAAUCAAAAGUAAUUUGUUGGCUGAGCAUGGUGUUUCUGCAGAAAACCAGCACUAAAUUGUCAUCCCCUCAGACAAGCAGCACACUACAACGCUGGAGAAUACACCUGCAGUUUUUUCUUUACCAGGUGUAUGCAAAUAUGAGGAUUGAGGAACUUUUCAGCAUUAUUCGUGAUUUCCCAGAAUCCAAGGCAGCAUUGCAGGAUCUGAAAGUUUGCCUUGAAAGGACCAAUCAGAGACAACAAUUACUUUCAUCUCUAAAAGCAGCCCUGGAAACUCGACUUCUCCACCCAGGAGUGAACACUGCUGAUGUGAUAACUUUGUACAUAUCUGCAAUCAAGGCCCUUCGUGAGUUGGACCCAUCGAUGGUUAUUUUGGAAGUGGUGUGUGAACCAGUCCGCAAGUAUCUCAGGACAAGAGAUGAUACUGUGAGACAGAUCGUAGCAGGUUUGACUGAUGAUUCAGAAGGAUCCAGUGAUCUGGCAAAUGAACUGUCCAAAGCAGAUCCAAUCACUCUAGAGCAUGGACACGAUAGCGAUGAUGAUAUGUCUGAUCCAGAUGAUUGGGUUCCUGACCCUGUUGAUGCAGAUCCAGGUAAAUUUGGUUCUAAACGAAGAUCUUCUGACAUCAUCACCUUGCUGGUCAGCAUUUACGGCAGCAAAGAAUUGUUUAUCAAUGAAUAUCGUACACUUCUGGCAGACCGAAUACUCCAUCAUUUCAGCUACGUUACCUGCAGGGAAAUUCGAAAUCUGGAGUUGCUCAAGCUGCGUUUUGGAGAGGCUCAGAUGCACUUCUGUGAGGUCAUGUUAAAGGAUGUGGCUGAUUCUCGAAGGAUAAAUAGCCACAUUCACGAGGAGGACCAAGAGACUCCUUUACACCUGAAUGCAAUGAUUCUGUCUGGUGAGUUCUGGCCACCUUUGAAAGAGGAAAAACUGGAGCUCCCUACUGAAGUGAAAGAAGCAAUGGAUGCUUAUACCAAGAAGUAUGAGAAAUUAAAGGCCAUGAGAUCACUGAACUGGAAGCCUCAUCUGGGAAAUGUUGACCUGGAGAUCGAGCUGGCAGAUCGAACAUUAUCUGUAUCUGUCUCACCUGUCCAUGCUGCUAUCAUUAUGCACUUCCAACAGAAGAGUACCUGGACUCUGGACGAGCUCAGUGAUGCACUUAAAGUUCCUGUCGUUGCCCUGCGAAGGAAAAUUGCACUUUGGCAGCAGCAGGGAGUCCUAAAAGAGGAUCCCACAGAUACAUUUACAGUGAUUGAGGAGGAACAGAAGGAUCAGCAGGAGAAAAUGGUUUUGAUUGAUAGUGAUGAAGAGGGAGACUCUGCUAUGGCUUCCCAGGCUGAUCAGAAAGAAGAGGAAUUGCAGCUGUUUUGGACAUAUAUCCAGGGUAUGCUGACCAAUCUAGAGAGCUUACCACUGGAACGUAUUCACACCAUGCUCAAGAUGUUUGUGAUGACGGGGCCAGUAAUGGCUGAGAUUGACAUGCAGGAGCUUCAGGCAUUCUUGCAGAAGAAAGUGAAGGACCACCAACUAGUAUAUUCCGGCGGAGUGUACCGGCUUCCCAAAUCUAACUGCUGAAUCAGGAUCCUUGAUCAGAAAGGCUGACUUACUUGGUCAAAGACCACUUGCAGCACAGAAGAGGGAAAGCUGCCAGUCUGAAGCAAGAGCUGAAAGACAACUUUGUGCGUACCUGUCCCCCCUGCACCACCUGAUAUGGAAACUCAGCACAAGUUGAUUGGUUGUAAUUCUGACCUUGAAGCACAGGCACAUGCCCUGAAUCAACUGCCCCCAAACACAGAUGAUCAAUGUAAGAGCACUCAGCACAUCAGCCUCCUCUCAGGAGCAGCAUUUAAACCAGUGACAAGUUGGUUCUCAGUAUGUUGCAAGCCUGUGUGUCAGGAACAUUAUCCUCACAGAAAACUGGUCAUCCUUCUCUGCAUUGUGCUUUUUCUCAUCUUGGGCCUCAUCCUGUUACUGUGGAAUUAUUAUUGCAUUAUUGUCCAGCAUCUCUGCGAUGAUUCCGUGGAUAAUAUCACGCCACAUCUAACAAAGCACCCAGCUGAAGAACAUGCUGUCAUCCUCAAUCAAAACGCUGUGAUUUUGAUUUAGCUGUCUAGUCGAGUUACACUUGAAAAUGAAAUUUGCGCUUUGCUUUAUUUGUUCUUGGGAAAUGGACAGCUCUGGCAUUAAUAAUUGAUUUUAUGUAUAGAUUGGGUUAGGACAGGAGCUUCCUUUCCUAGGAAGCCAAAUGUUUUUCAUUUCAAGCCACCUACUUUCAUGUAAGUUCUCUUUCAAAUGAAAUACUUACAUUGAUAUAAUGCCUUAUACAACUUGCUGAUCUUGCUCUGGGCAGAAAACAGCCAGUGAGGAUAAGGGGUUCCACAGGGAUCAGUGCUGGGAAUGCAGCUGUGUACAAUAUAUAUUAUUCCCUGGAGAAAUGAAUCAAAUCAAAUCAAAUUUGAGGAUGACACACAAGUAGGUGGAAAGGCAUGUUUGAGAGGUAUGCAAACAGUUUACGGAGAGAGAACAGAACAAAAUAUUAUUUAAAUGGAGAAAAUCCUCAUAAAUAUGCAACACAAAGGGGCUUGGGGGGAACUUGUCCCCAGAACAAAGUUUAUGGAGAAAGACAGGAAAAUGGAGUCGAGGAUUAUCAGAUCAGCCAUGAUCUCUUUAAAUGGCUGAAUGCCCUCCCUCUGCUUGUAUUCCUUCCAGUCUUAUGGUCAUAAAAUGAAUGAUCAAAACUAAUAUAUAUUCACCAAACAGCAACUUGGGUUAAUAAAGUAACUUUAACUUAGCUGAAAAUGUGUUGCUGGUUA